AUGGCCUGGAGCCGGGGCCACAACCUCUCGGUGCAGGGGCCCUUCAUCCUGUUGGGCUUCCCAGGCCCUCAGAGACUGCGCGCCGGGCUCUUCCUGCUCUUCCUGCUCAUGUAUGUGCUCACACUGGCUGGGAACACGGCCAUCAUCUCCCUGGUUGCCGCGCACCGGCGCCUCCAGACGCCCAUGUACUUUUUCCUCUGCAACCUGUCCUUCCUGGAGAUAUGGUACACCACGGCCUGCGUGCCCAAGGCCCUGGCCACCUUCGCCUCCCAGAGCGAAGCUAUCUCCUUCGCCGGCUGCGCCGCGCAGAUGUACUUCGUCUUCUCGCUGGGCUGCACCGAGUACUUCCUGCUGGCCGCCAUGGCCUACGACCGCUACCUGGCCAUAUGCCUGCCGUUGCGCUACUGCAGCAUCAUGACUCCCAGGCUCGUGGCUUGGCUCGCCCUGGGCUCCUGGCUGAGUGGCUUUGCAGCCAUCGCGGGGCCCGCUGCGCUUGUCGCGCGCCUGUCCUUCUGCGGCUCUCGCGUCAUCAACCACUUCUUCUGCGACAUCGCGCCCUGGAUAGUGCUGUCCUGCACCGACACGAGGGCGGUGGAGCUGGCUUCCUUUGGCAUCGCCUUCUGCGUCAUCCUGGGGUCCUGCUUCAUCACGCUGGUCUCCUACAUCUACAUCAUUGGCACCAUCAUCAGGAUACCCUCGGGCGCCGGCCGCCACCGGGCCUUCUCCACCUGCUCGUCCCACCUCACGGUCGUGCUCAUUUGGUACGGCUCCACUAUCUUUUUGCACGUGAGGACCUCGGUAGAGAGCUCCUUGGAGUUGACCAAGGGCAUCACAGUUCUCAACACCAUUGUCACCCCGGUGCUGAACCCCUUCAUAUACACCCUGAGGAACAAGGAUGUGAAGGAGGCUCUCCGGAGGACGACCUUAACAGGGGAUGCUUUGGCCCUGAGUUUCCAGGCACAGAUUCUGGAAGAAAAAUGGGAACUGGUGGCCCCCAAGGGUGCUACCUGUGGCACCUGCAGCACCAGGUGUUGUUCCAAGUACCCCAAGGAGGACUGGGUCUUGGGGAAACAGCCUCUUCGGGGGCAGCAACACGGGAGCCUCCAGAGUCCACCCGCUUCUCAGUCGGCGCCGCCUGCUCUCCCAGAUUCCUUUCCUCCGAGGCAGGUGGGUCAGUGGGUGCUCCUGAGGGACGGCGGGGGCACCGGGGCUCCCUUUGCACCCGCGGGGCGGCCCUCUCCCCGCCGCCGAGCCUCCGCCUACGCUUUUGUACCCCGCUUCUCGUGGCUCCCCAAGCCUACAUCCUCAGCCAAGCGUGGAGACUGCGAGCAAGAGAUGGCGCGCUCAGUGCCUGCUGCCUCCCGCCUGUUGGCCAUCAGUCCGCGUGCGCUCUGGCCAGUCCUGGACAGCGCCUUUCUGGUCCAGAAACCUCUAUCUGUCCUGGGCCUCCCUCGCCAGGAGCGCGGCCAUUACUAG